AUGUUUUCUGCUGGUAAGGCUUCUCCUCUCAUUAUCGCUAAAGCACAGAUACCUUAUAGUAGAUCUUGCGAAUUGUCUUGUGUUAAUACCAUAUGUUACGCCUCUUUCCCUCAGUGUCCACUUUGUGCGAUGCCAGUAAAUGCAUCUGAAAUUACGCCAGCAAAUUUUUUAAACCAGUUGUUCAAGCUUGGCUUGCAAUUACAAGAGGAUAUAAAAAAGUUAGAUGCUACUAGAGUGGACAGUCACAAGUUAUGUGAUCUUUUUGAACCGGAUGAGCAGAAGAGGACGGUAGAGGAUUUUUGCGCUACUCAGAAAGAUGUGGGUUUGGAAGAUUAUGUUGGGGAAGACGUCGCUGGCCAAGAUCUUAUGCAGGCUGCUUCUGAAGAGGGACCUUCAGCCGUUUUAGAGUUGGUCGCAGGUGGUGCAACAGGAUCUUCGCUUGAUGCUGCUCAGCGGUCCAGCAAAACUCUAAGGACCCAAACAGAUGUUGUUAUUUCAGGUCGGGGGACGAAAAGGAAGGCAAUGCCAAUGAGACCAUCUGAAAUAGAAAAAAAUUUGCUGUUCCCACCUCUGAAUAACGACAGUUUUCUUUUUUCACAAAAUCCUACACAGCAUGAACCAAUGCCGCAAAUGACCCAACAGUUCCCAGUUUUCGAGGAACCGGAACGGUUGUGCUUCUUCCAGCAGAAACCGAAAAAGACAUUUGCCGACAGGAUUAUGUUUAAGGCUGAGAGUUCUUCGUCUGGGCCUAAAAAGAGAAAUCCUCGCAUAUCAGGCAAAGAAAAAUCACCAGAAAUUUUUUAA